AUGAACAUGAAUAACGCCGGAGACCUAAGCAAAGCCAUAGCAAGACAGAGUGGUCCACUUGUGCAACAAGAAUGCAACAAAUUGGGAAAGCAGCCUCCUGGAACAGCGAUAAUGACCAGCGGAGGUAAUUUACAAGUACCUCAUAUUAUUCACAUCAUUCCAGGCUCCUCAGAUAAGCAACAUCUCCAGCAAUGUUUGGAGGAGGGUCUUCGUGUGGCGGAUGGCAGUAACUUUCAAGCGAUCUCAAUUCCGUGUGUUGGCACAGGAGGAUACGGCUUAACCGGAGCGGACUCAGCCCAACUGACGUUUAAAGCACUAAACGCAUUCAGCGCCCGCUGUAAAAAUAUUCAAAAAGUAAGAGUAGUUGUGUUCCAGGCCUCUAUGAUGCAGGAGUUUCUACAAGAGCAGAAACAACCAGUGCAAGAUAUUGAAGAAGACGGUGACUCAGAGAAUGCAGCGGCUAGGCAAACCAGAAGACGCGGACAUAGGCAGGCACUAGGCCAAAGUGAUGAAUAUUCUGUAAGAAUUUCUGUGAUUGGCAAAGACAAGGUGGGCGUGGGAAAAGCCGUGGAAUCCUUGAAGAAAGGUUUCUCUGACGCUUGUACAAUAAAAGAAGUCGAAUGUGACGUCGUCAGUCAGCUUUCCGAUAAGCAGAAGGAUAUCCUGAGAAAAAAGGCUAAAGACUGUGACGUCAAACUUGAAAUUGAGGGUGACGCGGAUCGCAUUGUCGUUUGUGGUGGACCAACCGAAGUAGUUGGAAUGGUCGGGGAGAUCUGGAAAGAGAUCAACGAGAGGAUGAAGAAGAAACAGGAGGAAGAACAAGCGAAGUUGCUUUCAAAGAACGUAGAGUGGAGCUAUGAAAUACAGGGCAUAAAAAUAGAGUUUGCUCCGAAAGCAAAUGCCAAGAUUGAGUUGGCCCACAGCAGAGAUGAGCACACAGUGCAAGUUUCUCUACGCGCAGAAAAGUUUGUCAUCGACUUGAAGGGAAACUCUGGACGUGGACAAACGUCUGGUGAACAAAUAACACUGACAAGAAAGGUGAAGGGUGCUGAUGAAGGUUAGUUGCUAUGCAUCUCUUUUGAUGAAGAUGUUUCGAUAAGCUUAAGUCCGUAAGAACGGACUAAGAGAUAUUUCAUGUCCCAGGGGACUUUUAAGGUUAUAAACAUGUUGUACAAAUUGGGAAUAUUCAGAAAAGCUGCCCUAUAAUGUCUCUCAUGAGCUUCCUUGUUGAUCUUGUUUGUGUCUUGCUUGAAAAAUAUACUUGGAUGUUGAAAUUUGACCUCGGUAGAUGGGUUUUCACAUUCAACAUUCUAAUCUUUUGGUCCUUUCUGUAGGAAUUCCUCUACCAAAGCACUGGGCACCAAUGCCCGGGCAUGACUCUACUGUACAUAAAGUAGAAUUGCACCCCGGCUCCCCUGAGUAUCAAGAUGUCGUAAGUAAGUUUCAAGCUACAGCCGGUGCGUUAAAAGUUCAGAAGAUUGAACGCAUACAGAAUCCUCAUCUGUAUCAGUCUUACAUGGUAAGAAAACAGAAAAUGGAUAAAGAUAUUGGAGGAAAUUAUGAAAGAGAGCUGUUUCAUGGGACGGAUGCUAAAAAUAUCAACCAUAUCAACACACAAGGAUUCAACAGGAGCCUCUGUGGGGCUAAUGGUAAGUCAUUGAAACGCAAGGAAACGUUUUAUCAUCUCGUCACGGGGGUGGGAUUAAGGAAAAAUUUCGUUUGCGUAUGAGAAAUCGAUCCUCAGGCCUUCGGAUUUCCUCGUUCCAACGCUCUACCAUUGAGCUACAGACGUUAUGAUGAGCAGGGUAUUCAAGUUGCUAAUAUGUAGCACGACUUCCACAUACUGCUAGGAUCAUUACUUUCGAAAGCUUCGCGUGAGAAAAAGAAGCAUUAAAGCAGUAUUUUCGAGCGAUUGGUCCUAAGUAGUUAACCUUUUACACCCUAACAUCAGUAUGCAUAUUCUCCAUACUGUUCUUUAAACAUUUCCUAAGGUGCUGAAACAGAGAAUUUGUUCGCUAAUCAAAAGGUUCCUUCUUUAGUGACCAUUUCCUUUAUUCUCAUGACCUUAAUGUGUGAUUUAAGAUUAUUAUUGCAGGGAGAAAUUAGAUGCUAGUCACUCUUAGGGUUUAAAGGGUUAAAGCAUUUUUUUGGCUGAACUGAUGGUGUUUUGGCCACAAUUAUUUUCAUUUAUUUGUCUGCCUGUCCUACCAAGUCACUCAGACGUUGCACGAGCUCUGGCCGAGUCACUAUUUGGAACCAAAUAUGGUAAUAAAAGCUGUAAUAAUAUGAGGAGAAUCCAAUUGCCUCUUUUAUAACAAUUAACUUCACUGAAUGUAUGAUUUGUUUGUACUUUUUCUCUUAAUUAAGCAUUCUUUUUUUCAGGCACGGUCUAUGGACGCGGUGUUUAUUUCGCUAGAGACGCUCAAUACUCUGUUGGAUUCGCUGGGGUUGGUGGUCAUGGAGGUCGCCACAUGUACCUUGCCAAGGUCCUCGUGGGGCAGUAUUGCGUUGGAGAUUCUUCAAUGAUUGUGCCUCCACCGAAAAAUCCAUCGAAACCUGAAAUUCUUUACGAUUCUGUGGUAGAUGACCAAUCAAGCCCCAGCAAAUUUGUUGUUUUCUUUGAUAAUCAGUGUUACCCUGAAUACCUUAUAACCUUUUGAAGACCACAUGGACCUUUACUCAGAAAACAACAGAGUCAAAGGCCAAAAAGGCUUGAAAUGCUUUAUAGUUUAACUUAGUUCAUCAGCUAAUAGUAUAUAAAUUGCAGAAAAUCGUUAUCCUUCGCAGUAGGGAACAUCAUAUAAAUGUUGGUAAUAGUUUCUUGAUAGCAUUCUUUGCUGUCCUAAUUAAAGGCUUAUUCUUCAUCCUAUAAAUUGAAUCGUCGUCCCGUUUUCCCGCUUGGAAAAGCAAAGAGUUCUGCUGUUAUACAGUUAACUUUUCAUAACGGUAUUUUCUUUUUUAUCGCCAGAUUGACAAAUAAUAUAUUUUUUUGCAUCAAUUUUGUACCCAAGAAAACUGGCGAAAGUAGAGAACUUCGAAAAACAUGCGUACCUUUUUGCUGCGCUUAAUGAGAAAUGACAGUGAAGUCGCUACGAUUACAGUUGAUUUAUGGUGUAAAAGAUUCACUGGAAAGAUUCACUGGAAAGAUUCACUGGAAAGAUUCACUGGAAAUUCACUGGAAAGAGUUCAACUGUUCUCCAGUUAAGUUUUCAUAACGGUAUUUUCUUUUUUACCGCCAGAUUAACAAACAAUAUUUUGUUGCAUCAAUU